AUGUCGAAGGAGGAGGAAGAAACAGACAUGCAAAACAAUGAGCGAGCCCUGUCGGAUGAAGUGUCACGGGAAAUAUCAGUACUAGUCUCGACUGUCAAGGAAGAGUCGGUUGCGGCAGAAGCGCAACAGAUUGCCAUCCAUGAUCUCCCAACACCACUAAUAUCACCUGUGUGUAUCACUAAAGCUACCGGUAACGGAGUGGUCAAUAGCAAACACAUGCAGGCACCAAGACUUUUCGUUCAGACCCACAGUGCCAGAGAUGUCAUUGAGCAGCAUGGACGCGCCAUGCUGCCACAAUUCCCUGUUGACAUCGUCCUGGAUCCCAACUAUACCGGAUCCUGUAUUUCAUCCGUCACCCCAGAAAUUCACGCAUCCAUGUAUCCUUCCCUCGACAAGGUUACGGAACAUGACGCUGACGAGUCAAUUAAUAAUUCGAAUGCCCGAAUGAACCUCUAUCCUUCCGUACAGACCGUGGAGAAGGCAGAAUGGCCGCCUCAAGAUAAACCGACCGACAAAGCACCACAACGGAGAACGGACGAAAGCCCCUCGCCAGAUCACGAUCAGGAUGCUGAUGCUGCCAGAAUAAAACAGACUGUAGAAGAGGAGCAAGACCUUGACGAUAGAGGUCAGCCAGUGUUUCCCAAGUCACAAUCGCCCCAAGAUACCGGAAGGAACGAAGCCAAGGUUGCUACCUCGAGGCUCAGCCAGCAGGACGGUGACAGUCUCUUAUCAUUAGAGGACCGUGUCUAUCUCAAGACCCAUGCUGAUGCCAGGGCACCAGAACCUCCUCAGAGUGACGUUGAUAGAGCCAAGGGUGCCAACCCAGCAAAAGCUGAUGGCUGUAUUGGUCGUCAUGAAAAGGACCCAGAGCUGGCUGCUUGUCCACAUAGUCAGCCAUCUGCGCAACAUGAUGAUUUGCCACUGGACAAGAAGAAAAUGGAAGAAUCCUUAGCUGAUGGGACUGUCGAGCAGGACGACUCAACCACACAACCAGAACAAACUCAGCACCCUACAGGUACUGGUAGGCGAGCAGUAUCUGUGGGAUUGGAAUUGGCCCACCAUGACACUGGCAAUAUAACUGAUGAGGAGUUUGGUGCCAUUACCGACAGCAAUGAUGGGGUAGCCACCCAGGAAGAAGGUGAAGAUGAUGAGGAGAACCAACAUUUGGUGGAAGCUGUACCAGUUUCACCCCUACAAGUGGCCCGGCAGGUCAGUGGAGAUGGCCAACAAUCACAUGGGCACCACCACAGCAGAGCAGAAGGAUACUUCAAGGGUGUGGCCUCUGCUUUCCCUCCAUGGAUGACACAAGUGGGUGCCUUUCUGGUCAUCUUGGCUGCUUUUGUCAUUGUGAUCUCCAUUGUUGUUGCGGCCAUUAUUGCAGGGAAUCAUGAGGACACCCAACAAACCUCAUUGCAAGAUGAAAGGGGCAUACAAAUUCGGAACCAGCUAUCCCAAACACUUGGAGAUUCAUUCUUUAAGGACCACGAUGAGUCCUUGCCCCAGACCAUGGCUUGGCACUGGCUAGUUUAUGAGGACUCAAUGCAGCUCGACGACAUGGCCCCAAAUCUUCUACAGAGAUUCCUGUUGGUGUUCUUCUACAUGACCAUGACACAAGAAGGGCCCUGGAGGGCAUGCAAUCCUCCAGAAAAUUCCACCCGCACCUUUUCCAAUACCAUGGACUUGUGCUACUAUGAGGCUUGGGUGGGUGAUGGACUGCACAAAUUAUCAGGAUCAAAUCUUUACCCUACUUCCUUCCAGGAGGUUCUUGCCAUGAGGUGGCUUACGGGGCAUGAAUGUCAGUGGGCUGGGGUAUUUUGUGACCCAGACGACAAUGUAGAAGCCAUUCACUUGGAUGACAUGCUUCUGAAUGGCACUCUACCUUCUGAAAUUGUCCACUUUAGCCAACUCACUUCUCUAUCACUGACCAACAACCAUCUGACAGGGUUACUUCCUCCUCUGGAUGGUCUCAAGGAGCUAGAGUAUUUGGAUGUGAAACAAAAUCAGUUCACAGGUGCAAUCCCUUCAGCCUGGUGGAGCCUUUCUGCUCUGACGCAUCUCAAUGUGGAGUACAAUCCAAUGUCGGUUGGCAGUCUUCCAAGUGAAAUUGGGCAGCUCUCGAAUCUGGAAGCUCUCUUUCUGGGUGGCGUAGGAGUCACAGGCACUUUACCAUCUGAAAUACUCACAUUGUCAAACUUGGGCUGGCUUAUUCUUGCUUUCAACUCUGUAGUUGGUACAAUUCCUACAGAAGCUGGCCUUCUCAAGAAAAUGGAAAUGCUGAUCUUUUCCAAAAACCCAAUGUCAGGGACUAUCCCUUCCGAGAUAGCCACCCUUCCAUUGCUCCGAGAAUUUAGUACCUGGGGAACACAAAUCUCUGGAACUAUCCCAACAGAAUUCUACUCCAUGGAGACAGAUAGUCUCAAUGCUCUGAUUCUUUCCGAAUGCAAUCUUUCUGGAACAUUAAGCCCCAUCCACCCCAUGAAUCUUUCUUUCUUUCAUGGCACAGCCAGCUUGGCACAGAUGACUGCUUUGGGAUACCUUUUGGUUGCCAAGAACCCAGGUAUUUAUGGCACCAUACCAACGGAACUGGGUUUGAUGACCGGUUUGGAACGCAUUGAUUUGCAACUGACCAAUCUGAGUGGUAGUAUGCCGGAUGAAGUCUGUACUCUUCGGCCAACAUUGGGGAAGGUUCGGACUGACUGUGAACCACUUUCCAAUGGUACAAUUCCAGUCUUCUGCCCGUUUGGUUGUUGCACAAAGUGCUGCAACCGUGAAACUCAGGUUUGCACCAAGGCAGGCUCCUAG